AUGCGCAAGUACCUCGCACCCUCACCGUCAUGCCACCGACGAGCGAUCCGCAUACCGUCGCGGGACCUUAACCGCUUCAUCGACGCGUGGAUCUACUACCCUCCCUAUCGCGACCCGAAUGUCCCCUCGCCUGUCGUGGUCAACUGGCAUGGCAGCGGCUUUGUUAUAGACAAUCUCGGCAUAGACCAUGCCUUCUGCGAGAGGAUCGCGCGGGAGGCUCGCGUGGUUGUCUUGGACGCUGACUGCCGCAAGGCACCCGAGCAUCCGUUCCCCCAUGGAGGACGCUGA